UUCAUACAGUGCAGUUCAUCCGUUCAGUGUCCCAAAAAUUGUCUUCCUAAUCUUUUCCGCUCACUUUUAAAAACUAUGACAACAGCAGGGGACACAGAUAGUGAUAUUUAUAUGGCGUUUUAUCGGCAUGACUUUGAGAACGACCGGCGGUUUCAGGACGGCUUUCGCAAGAUUUUGUCGGCAGAAAAAACUAGCCAGGAUCACGAAGAAAUCCUCAGAGCAAAGGUGUUUUACUUCAACAAAUUUUACAGACCAAGCUCCAAACACUCCUGUAUUGAUGUUGAUGGCUUCAAGAAGUGGUUGGAUGCGGAGGGGCUAAAAGGUAUGGAGUGCCCACCUCCAUUAGAGAAUGGUGAAAUCGAAGAUGAAAAAUCAAAUGCUGAGGCACGAUCUGGUAUUGAUGAAAAGAGAAGAGCAGCAACAAGCAAUGCUACAAGCACUGAAGAGGAGACUGCAAGUCAACCCAGUUAUCCCACAUCAUUUGCUGACAUCGUUCAGUGUAUUCAAGAGGGAAGGGAAAUUCCUGGGAUAGAGAAACUAGACAUACAACCUAUCAACUGUGAGCCUACACUAUCCACACAGACACGGCCACCUAAACCUUGGGAGUCAAGAACUUCUACUUAAAAAGAUAUAUGAUUUCAAGACAGACAGUGCUACGCACCUAAUUAUAGAUCUUGUUGAUUUGAUUAUAUGUUAUUUUUGUAUUGACAUCCAUGCACGCAAGUUAAAGAAUGAUACAACUAUAAAUCAUACAAAGUUGUGCCGCAAAAUGCAUAAAACAUUUGGAAAACGAUAAAUGUUGUGUAAUGCCAAAAUCAAUUUCAAGAAAAUGUGAAGAAAUGAAAAUGAAUAGUCUAUUAUUUGCCAUGCCAUACAUACCAGUGCAUUUGCCUCUGGACAAAGAGUUCUAAUCCUACUGUUGUCACUCACUUCACACGCACGCUGCUGGAAAGGGUCACAGACCCUAGGAUGGGAUGUUAAGCCAUGAUCCACUGUUCAUUGUGCUUUUUUGGAAAGAGC